GCCGCCGCGGUGGCGCGGGCAGGCCGAGCACGGCCUGACUUGGCUGCGGGCUGUCUACGGAGCGGCUGGGAGGAUGGGCCUCUCCGCCGCGGCCCUGCUGUGGGGCCUCCCAGGGCUGCUCCUGACCAUCGCCCUGCACCCGGCUCUCUCCCCGUGCCCCGCCCAGGCCUCGGUGCCCGCGCACCGGGACUACUGUGUCCUGGGUGCCGGGCCCGCGGGGCUGCAGAUGGCCUACUUCCUGCAUCGGGCCGGCAGGGACUACGCCGUGUUCGAACGCGCCCCGGGACCGGGCAGCUUCUUCACGCGCUACCCCCGGCACCGCAAGCUCAUCAGCAUCAACAAGCGGUACACAGGCAAGGCCAACGCCGAGUUCAACCUCCGCCAUGACUGGAACUCUCUGCUCAGCCACGACCCCCGGCUGCUCUUCAGACACUACUCCAACGCUUACUUCCCCGAUGCCGGCGACAUGGUGCGCUACCUGGGCGACUUCGCAGACCGGCUGGGGCUCCACGUGCUGUACAACACAACCAUUGCCCACGUCACUCUGAACAAGGAUCAGCGGGCCUGGAAUGGCCAUUACUUCAUCCUGACCGACCAGAAGGGCCAGGUAUACCAGUGUAGCGUCCUUCUCGUGGCCACUGGCUUGUCCGUCCCCAACCAGGUUGACUUCCCUGGCUCCGAAUACGUGGAUGGUUAUGAGUCCGUGUCCGUGGAUCCCAAGGACUUCGUGGGUCAGAAUGUGCUGAUCCUGGGCCGGGGGAACUCGGCCUUUGAGACGGCAGAGAACAUCUUGGGUGUCACCAACUUUAUCCACAUGCUGAGCCGCUCCCGGGUCCGGCUCUCCUGGGCCACCCACUACGUCGGCGACCUCAGGGCCAUCAACAAUGGCCUGUUGGACACCUACCAACUGAAGUCCCUGGAUGGGCUGCUCGAGUCUGACCUGACGGAUCUGGCCAUCCUGAAGGACCGCGAGGGCAAGUUCCACGUCACCCUGAAAUUCUUCCUGGAGGAAGGCAACCGGAGUGCCGACGCCGUCCCCCUGCCCCAGGACGAUAACGACAACUUCGCCUUGCGCGUGGCCUACGACCGGGUCAUCCGCUGCCUGGGCUGGAACUUCGACUUCUCCAUUUUCAGCAAGUCCCUCCGACUCUCCGCAGGGGGUGAGCUCAGCAAGAAGUACCCCCUGGUCAAAGCCAGCUAUGAGUCCAAAGGGAGCCGGGGCCUCUUUGUCCUGGGGACUGCCAGCCACUCCGUGGAUUACCGGAAAUCUGCUGGGGGCUUCAUCCAUGGAUUCCGAUACACAGUGCGUGCCGUCCACCGGCUGCUGGAGCGGCGUCAUCACGGCGUCACCUGGCCCUCCACCGAGCACCCCAUCACACAGCUGGCCAGUGCCAUCAUCCGGCGCGUCAACGAGGCUUCCGGCCUCUACCAGAUGUUCAGCGUGCUGGCCGACGCGGUCCUGUUGAAAGAGAAUGCCACUGCUUUUGAGUACCUGGAGGAGUUCCCCAUGCAGAUGCUGGCCCAGCUGGAGACAAUCACGGGAAGAAGGGCAAGGCACGGGCUCUUCGUCAUCAGCAUGGAGUACGGCCGGAAUUUCUCUGGGCCCGACAAGGACGUCUUCUUUUACGACCGCUCUGUGGGGCACAUGGAAGACGCCUGGCUGUCUAACUUCCUCCACCCUGUCAUCUACUACUACAGGCACCUCCCCACCGGAGGUGAGGUUCCGGCCCGCAGGCUGGCCUCUGCCGCGGCCCACCGCCAUCCACCACAUCGUGGAAGAUUUCCUGACGGACUGGACGGCCCCGGUGGGGCACGUUCUGCCCCUGAGGCGCUUCCUGGAGAACUGCUUGGACACCGAUCUCCGGAGCUUCUAUGCAGAGUCCUGUUUCCUAUUCGCCCUAACACGCCAGAAGCUGCCACCCUUUUGCCAGCAGGGUUACCUGAGAACACAGGGGCUCGUGGGAACCGAGAGCCUCCGCCGGCACGGCGUGGAGAGCGGGCUCCUGUGGGGCUAUGGCACUGCGGGCCAGGGGCACAGCGGCCAGCAGCCUGGCAACCACGGGCCAGGACAGCACCCUCUGGCUCCAGGGCCUCCGGCCUCGCCCUUCGACAGCAACAAAGAGGAGCUCUGAUGGCCAGGCUUCUCCCGCCCGGGCCCACAGUCAGCCCUGCUCUUUCCCCACGGUUCCGUGCUCCCACCGACGUGAUUGCCAGAGACACCUCAGAUCAUCGCAGUGACCGCACCAAAGCCACACGGAGGGCACGUAAGGGCUGAAGGGCAGCCACUCGGUGGUCUCCCCUCCUGUUCGGUUCAGGGGUGCCUGGGAAGUGGGGUCCAGGGAAAGCAUCUUCUGCCAGAUGGAAGGGAGCUGCCUUCCACACCGGACUUGUCUGCAAAUGAGCUGUCACAGAGCACCAGGCUGGCCUCAGUUCUGUCCCCAUCAAGUGCCCAGUGGUUCCUUUUCCUUCCAGUUGUCAACUUAAAAAAUAUUCACAACCGAAAAGCUGAGAGUUAUGUUUUAUUCAGCAGGAAUUCUUAAGACUUCAAACCCAGGAGGCAGCAUCUCAAAUAACCCUGAAAGAACUGUUCGGACGAGGUGAGGGGGGAGCCAGGUUACACAGAAGUUGUGCAACAAAGGGCAGGUGGUCUGAACCUCAAAAGAUUGGUGUUAAUUAAAGAAAACCAGAUAUCCCAAGUUUAGGAAUUGAGUGUUUUUCUGUAUAUGGGAAGAUGCAAGAGUCUGGCCUCUGAAAUCUUUCCUUUGAUGCGCACCUCAGCUGUCUGGGGCUAAUAUCCUCUGUUUUCACAU